AUGGGCACUUACAACAACCAGUGGAUGAUCGCCGACUACAAGCUGUUCACCCCAGCCCAAAAGCUGAAGCCCGGCACGUUUUAUGUGAUGGAAACGAUGCCACGUUUCGCCAUCUACCGCGAUCGCACCGAGGACUUGGAGAAGGACACGUACUUUGCUUCAUAUAACUUGGCCCAAUACGACAAAAUUGUCCAGUAUUCGGGCUCGGAGGAAUACGCUAAAACUCACGACCCAGCCGGUAACGGCCGAAUUGGCGGCGAUUAUUUUAGGCCCUUCAAGUCCCCGAGAGCUCGUAUUUUCGCCAGGGACCACGUCAAGGCCGUCGAUUUCGAGUCGUUCAUGGGAGUUUUGCGUUCAAACGACCCGAAAAACGAGGAAUUCGCAAAGUGUGAAUGCGAGAAUGGCUAUUCGGUUAGUGCGGCGAUAUCAGCACGAGGCGACCUCGGAGUGGCUAACGGGACUUAUGAAUGUGAUUCUCUGGGUCAAAGGAAUAUGGGAGCGCUAGAUUUUAAGGGCAUCGACCACAAGCGCAUGGAAAACAUCAACUAUCGCGCGUGGGGCGCCCCGGCUUUUGAUGAAAACUACCCACCAUUUGAGUGGAAAAUCUUUGAAGAAACUUCAGACUUUCGAGUCGGCCGCCGCGGGCAUCCCGAAAAGUUCGACUUUGAUCACAUGGAAGUGAAAUGGAACCUCGAUAUUUGGAAU